CAAAAGACCAUUUUCAUUUCUUCACGACAAAAUCUCAAUACUUUUUCUCAUUUAUUUUCCCUUUCUCUCUCUAACUCCCCAUUUCUGUGUUGAGAAAAGCUGCCUGGGUGCUUAGGCUAGAACUGGCUAACUCUCAGGAAACUCUGGAAGACAGUGAUUCCAGUAAUAGAAGGGUGGUGCUCGCCCUCUAUGAAGCCCUGAGCUCGCGUGACGUACGCACGGUGCACCAGAUUGUAGCUCCGGACAUCGAGUGGUGGUUCCAUGGUCCGCCGACCCACCAGUUCUUGAUGCGCCUCCUCACCGGCGACCAAAACGAAUCGUUUCAAUUCAGUCCCCAGUCCAUCGACUGCUUCGGGCCCACCGUCCUCGUCGAAGGCUGCGACCGAGAUUGCUCCAUCUCGUGGGUCCACGCUUGGACCGUCACUCAUGGGAUAGUCACCCAGGUCAGGGAGUACUUCAACACUUCCCUCACCGUAACCCGCCUCGGUAACAACACCUCUCCCUCUUCCUCCGCUCAAUCCUCGCCGUCCAGCUUCUCUUCCAAGUCCUCCUCAUCGACGGCCGAGAUUACAUCGUUCCAUUGCCCGUCCGUUUGGGAGAGCAGCGUCUCCGAUCGGGUCGGGAAGUCCGUGCCGGGUCUGGUCCUCGCAAUCUAAAGACCACAAUAAUCCCCUGCGGGCCCCUGUGCAGCGGGAUUCUACUUUAAGUAUUUACUAAUUACUAAAUAAGAGGGUGCUGACGUGUAGGCACCUUAUGGGCUGAAUCUACUGUGAAAUUGCGGUGCCGUAGUAGAAAUGUAAGCCCCUUGCUAUGUGUUGUUUGGUUUGUUUGUGGUUGUUUUUGCGUUUUAGUUUGUUUUUGGUUGUUUGUGUCUCUGGUUCUGGUGUUGGGUGGAGCCAAUGGGGUUGAGGAAACUCUUUUGGUCAUAUCCUGAAGCGUCUGUAGAAUUAUGGUACUCUCCUUUUUCAAUAAAGACGUGUUUGUUUAAUAUC